GAUAACACGACUAACACGUUCAUAUUUCGAUCUCAUUGUAUAUAAAAUUCUUAUUAGACCUUUCUAGUUUCUUCCCCCCCCGAAAUAUUAUGGAAUAAAAAAAAAAUUUUUUUCGUUUUAACGAUAUCAAUUUUUUUUGCUAUAGUUCACCAUUUACGUUUUUCGUUUUUUCGUUCAUUAUGGAUGAAAUAAUCAAUAAAUCAAAUCAGGCUAAUGUUGUUUACGGGGCAGAUUCUUCCUUUUCAAGAAUGAAAAAUACGCAAGUUAAUGAUGAUGAUGAUGAUAUUGAAUGGGUUAUCCGUGACUCUAGUCCUACACCACGUCCACCACAACUUUCUAAACUUGUGAACAAAUAUGCGGAUGAUGAUUAUAUACGUGCACAAUUAAGAAGGAUCAAAUUUUUUAGUUCAAAAUUUCGUUUUUCUCCAGAAAUACUUGCAGAUGAUACGAAUCAAAUGGCUCUUAUUUUUAAUCCAAUUACAUUAAGAUUUUCUAUUUGUUAUGAUGAAAUGAAAUAUGAAGUAGUCAUACCAUAUCAUCAACUUUUGGGAUGUACUAUUAAAGAUGAAAAAACGAUGGAGAUUAGGUUUAAACGUGAAUGCAUGAAAAUUAUGAAGAUCCGACCAAAGGGAAAUUUGCUUUUUGUGAGAGAAUGGUUGUAAAAGCUUUACAUGCUUCUGAUUUUGGAUUUUUGAAAAAGAUUAAAUUUGAAAUGAGACAGAUUGAAAAUGCAUCAAGAUUAAAAAGAAUUCAAAAUAUGGUAA